GCCGUCUGCUCAUUUCCUCUAUAUAUCCCUCACCAACGAUAGUUCUUUUUCCUUCUUCCUCCUCCUCCGCUCUUUCAUCUUCAAUCCCUCUCUCGCACGCAGAGACCCACACUGACUCCCUCGCGAGGCCUACACCUUGCUCGCUGGCACCGUCUCUCAGUCCACCUUCCUUACGCCGGAGAUCCCUCCCCUCCUGCCUUCCGCCAUCUCUCUUCUGAUCCGAUUUAUACCCACCCCCACCGCACCUUCUUUCGUCCUUUUAUCUUGUCCUUUUCUGACAUUUUCUAUUUCUUUUUUAAAUAUUAUUAUUUUACCAUUUUACUCCAACUCAAGCAACCUGUUUAGCCUGUUUUGUGCACUAUUUUUUUUUUACCCUCUCAUCUACUUACAAAACUUGAUUUGACACUUUCGCCCCAACCUGAUUUUACGCUAUUGGCCUUUCAAAACAGAAGUAGGUUGACCAUUUUGUUUCCCUAGAAAGCAGCUUUACGCUUUUGCCCCCCAGUUUGUGAAAUUUUCUAGUGCUGACGUGGCAUGAUUUGAGGGCAUAAGAUGAAUUAUCACGCCCAUCGGAUUUUGACGCCUGGGUCGUCAAGAAAGCGUAAGGAGAGAGAGGUCUUGUACUCCUUGAAGCCGUCGGCUCCAGCUACGGCGGCGGCUUCGAAGCCCGGAGAGCCGCUAUCGUCGAAUCGACUUUUAGCCGGGUACAUGGCGUACGAGUUCCUCAAGAAGGGUACCCUAUUCGGGCAGAAGUUUGAUCCGGUAAGAGCCGAGGCGGUGCCGCUUGCGAGUUCGUCGGCGGAGUCGAAGAGGUGGAAGCCGGUAGCUGAGGCUGCGGCGGCGAGCUUGAAGAAGGAGCAUCAAAGUUACGCUGAGGUGGCGAGCAUACUAAAGACGGAUGGGGCCCACAUUCCUGGGGUUGUCAACCCUACGCAACUCGCUAGGUGGAUUCAGAUGUGACCCCAACGAAGAUUCACACGUCAUCCUUAAUUGGUCCACGUCAGAGGAUGUUAAACCCUCAUGAGGCGCGUGAAUUUUCAGACCGUUUUACUCCCUCACCCACUCUUCUCCUUGUCUCUUCUUCAGUCUAGAAUGUUCAGUUUCCCGGAAUGUCGGAACGUUGUUAGAAAAACCCGACCUCUCCUCUCUCUCUCUCUCUCUUUCUCUCCCUCUCCUGUUGUGUGCUGUUGUAUAUUUAAUU